AGGUAUUCCAACUUAUAAUUCUAUUUUCAAUUUCCUUGUUUACUUGUCGUUACGUUUAAUGGUUUAUUCGUUGUUAGAAUAGAAAAAGUAAAUUGAAACACGUGUCUGCAUGUUGUUCAAUCUAGCUGGACUUUUAUUCGGCCAAGUUUCUCCUGAUGUGGCACUAAGACAUUCUAUUUUCAUCGGCUGAGUUUCAUCAAACGAUGACCAUGGGAGACAGCAAUAAAAAUCUAUAUGCCAAAAUGAUUGUUGAUGUUGUACUAGGGCCAGUGUUAGAAAGGUUGGAGAAGAAAGAUGUUUCGGCAGCCCAGACACUGAGAGCAGCCUUUACAAAGGUUGACAACACGUUGCCUGGUUUUGCGUAUGAUUAUGUGAAGGGAGUCUUAAAGAAGGCUGAAAUACAUGACAAAUUUGAUCUUUGUGAGACAUUGUUACGAUUAGGUGGAUCACAAGAUUGUGAAGAGCUUCGCAUCUCCAGACAGGAGCCCACAUUCCAAGAACUGAAUAAAUGUGCCACAGCUUUGAAGAAGAUUCUUAGUCGAAUUCCAGAACAGAUUUAUGACAGAAAACAAUUCCUAGAAACAAUCAAAGAGAUUGCCAGUGCUAUAAAACGCUUACUUGAUGCUGUGAACAGAGUGAUUGCUGAAGUACCUGCGGCAGACAACGGUAGCAAGCAGAUCCUUGAAGACAGGAAAAAAGAGUUUGUCCGCUAUUCCAAAAAAUUCAGCAACAUGUUAAAAGAGUUUUUCCGAGACACAAACCAGAACCAGAGUGUAUUUAUCAGCGCAAACUACCUGAUCUACCAAACCAAUUUAAUUUUGAGAACUGUAAAACAAGAAUGUUGUUAGUUGUAGUUGUCUGAAGAACAAAAUAUGGCCGAUUCUCAAGGUUACCGCCAGGAACACUGUCCACAAAAUCUUACUGAUGUCUAAUGCACGCAAUGAAGCCCAUGAGAGUUUCCACAUUUUGUUUCUUUAGAUUGAUACAUAUUAUUAUAUGUUUUUUAUCAGAAAAACUUCAUAUAUGUUUUAUAAUAUAAAUUUGCACAAAUAUUUACAAUGAUGGGGUUGAAGAUCAUACGCAUAGCACAUGUUCAUACUGUUUGAGAAUCGAACAUAUUGGAUUGAUAUAAUAACAACUGAUUAAGUCAUGUUAGCACAUUUUCAUACUUUUUGAGCAUAUAAAAUUACAUUUGAUUAGUGUGGUAACAGCUAAUUAUAAAGUUUAUUGGCGUCCCUUAGGUCAAGAGAAAUUUUGAAUCAUGGUGUACAUGUAUAAGUUCAAGUUUUAUCAUAUUUUAGAGAAGACAAAGAUACCAUAUUGUAUUGAUUUAUGUAUUAACAAACAUUUCAUAUGAUAUACAUGUAAAAAAAGCUGUUACUGUAUUUAUAAAUUAAGCUUUGUUACUGCUAUGUAGACUUGCAUUUUUCCAUUAUGGUGAUUGUGUUAAGUAGACUAAAGCUUCAUUUGUAAGUACUUGUAAUAUCUUUAUUCCUUGAAUUUGCACAUAUUAUUCCUGACUAUUGACAGUAAUUUGUUGUUGGUAAUGUCUCUGGUGCUACCAAUCAGUUAUCUUGAGAUGCCUCUUUUUCAAAUAGAUCGCCCUUCUGUACAUAUCAUUUACUUCCAAUGCAUAACACAUUCCACUGAUGUUACCAUAGCACUGCUCCUGUAUAUCUCACUGUUAUAAAGUGGACAGAAAAAUGGAGUUUUUUAGAGAUUUGACAAAAUCUGGUUGUGGUGAGAAUUUGUGAACGGCUAGGUUGUUUAACUUUGUCAGAAAUGAGCAUAGAUGUAUUCUAAUUCCUACUAAUAUGAUGAGUAUUCAAUGAUAUGAAAAAUUGGAAGUAUAUUCAGAAUUGUGUAUUCAAAGGUAAUAUUCAAUGUUAUAUUUACUAGAUGUAUGCUUUCUAGAGACAGAAAAAUAAUUUUCGCCAUCGUUUGUCAUAUUCAUCCUCAUGUUAUAUUCCAAAUAUUUUAUCAUGUGUAUACAUUUAUCUGAAAGUUAUUUUCUUUUUGCAAAAAAAAAAAAUCAUUAUAAUUUCUACAGAUUGUUGCAAGAUGAAAUGAAAAUGAUAAAGAAAUAAAUAUUCCAAUCAGG